AUGGCCGAGAAGCAAGAGAAACAACAACGCUCAGGCGAGAGCGGGAGCCCAAGCCCCUCUUCGUCCGCCGACAGCGGUCGCGUGGUGAACGAGAAGCCCAGAUCUCAGGGAGGCUUUUUGUCCAGGCUUGGCGAUCUUCCCGAGUUGAAGUUUCGCGGCAAGCUUCUCGAGGGCCAGACUCUGAACUGGUGCAUCGGUUUCAUAGCGAGUUGCGGGUUUCUGAUGUUCGGCUACGACCAGGGCGUAUUGAGCUCCCUCCUCACCCUGGAUGAUUUUCAGAAGAGUAUCGUGUUGAUGACUCCACUGGAAAAGUCAAAUCCCCUGUGCUGGCUCGAUUAUCCCGAAAGCACGCAGCGUGAUUACAGCCAAUGCACUGGAGACCCCAACACACAGGCUGCUGCCGUGGCUGUCUAUCAGAUCGGAUGUUUCUUGGGCGCGCUUCUCAUUCUCUUCAAAGGAGAGACGUGGGGUCGCAAGUCUUCUACUUUCUGGGGCAGUGCUAUCAUGGUCAUCAGCACCGUCAUGCAGGCCGGCUCUCACGAGUACAUUCUUUUCUCUCUUUCCAGAGUCCUUGGCGGAAUUGGAAAUGGCAUGGUAACCUCGACAAUUCCCACAUGGCAAUCUGAGUGCGCACGACCUCAUCAGCGUGGAUUUCUCAUCACCCUUUCCGGAGCUCUCAUCUCUGGAGGCAUUAUGAUUGCUUACUGGGUUGACUAUGGCUUUUACUUCCUUGAGGGAUCGAUUCGCUGGCGGUUUCCGAUCGCUUUCCAGUCCUUCUUCACUAUCAUCGUGAUGAUUGGUCUUCUCUAUCUCCCCGAUUCACCCCGAUGGCUCGCGAUGAAGGGCCGCACCGAAGAAGCCCGUGCGGUGACGGCGCGCCUGCUCGGCAAGCCUAUUGAUCAUGAAGAUGUCACCACGGAAGUCAAGGCUAUCAAGGAGGCCCUCGAAGUCCAAAGUCAGGGUGGUGGCUUCCAGUACAAGGAGCUUCUCACUAACGGGCCGUCUCAAAACCUUCGUCGAACGCUACUCGGAAUUGCCGCGCAAUUCUUCCAACAGAUUUGCGGUAUCAACCUCAUCACUUACUACGCUGGCUUCCUCUUUGAGAACUCUCUUGGAUUUGGCCCCGAGCUGUCGCGGCUUCUCGCAGCUGCAAACGGCACUGAGUACUUCCUGGCGUCGCUCGUUGCACUGCCCCUCAUUGAGAGGACUGGUCGACGGAAGCUCAUGCUCUUCGGUGCCUUUGGCAUGAUGGCAUCCAUGGCUAUCCUGGCUGGUACCGUCUCUACAGGUACUGUCGCAGACAACGGGGCACCUAACCUCGAGACCCGUUACGGUGUAACGGCCACCGUCUUCCUCUUUGUCUUCAACUCGUUCUUCGCAAUCGGCUGGCUCGGCAUGACAUGGCUGUACCCCGCCGAAAUCACCAACCUCCGCAUUCGCAUCCAAGCCAACGCCCUGUCGACCUGCUCCAACUGGCUUUCCAACUUCCUGAUCGUCAUGAUUACCCCUCCUGCCUUUGCCAACUUGGGAUACAAGACAUAUGUCAUGUUUGCCGUCUUCAACGCGGCCAUCAUUCCUUGCGUCUGGCUAUUUUUCCCUGAGCCCAAGGGCCGGAGUCUGGAGGAGUUGGAUGUUAUCUUUGCCAGCGCGCACGCUGACGGCGUCAACCCUGUCAAGCGUGCGAAGGAAAUGCGACACAUUGAGGGUAACGAGCUUGAAGGCGAGCUUGACAAGUAUUUCGGGUCCAGUGAGGAGGUUGAAGAUGCCCGUCCCAUGACGCGCCCGAUGACUGGGCACAGUCAUCAAACAAGACAUUGA